GUUUCAGCCCAGCGGGGCCCUGAGCCCUCCUCCGGCUGUGUCGACAACCGCUUCCCCCAGCCCGUCGUCCCGUUUCGCCUUCCUGGGGAGGGCUGGCUCUUCCUUCAGCCUUCUGAGGCGCCUCAUGCGGCGGUGCGGCCCCCCCGGCCCGGCCUCACGUGGGAUGGUAGCACAAGAUAUAGUGCCAGAAAAUCAACGAAGUUGGCUCUCGACAAGUGUCUGAAAAGUCAGAAUAACAAAGGGGAGGGGCUUCCAAUUGAAGAUUUGUGCAGCCUAACAUCCCAGUCGCUAACUGUUACUCUGACGGCUGCGGUGCCAGAAUCCACAGAGGAUGUCCUUUUGAAAGGAUUUGCCUUACUGGGGAUGGAGGAUGAAAGAAUUGAAACAGCGCAGCAGUUCUUCUCCUGGUUUGCUCAGGUACAAACACAGAUGGAUCAAGAUGAAGGUGCCAAGUAUAGACAGAUGAGGGAUUACUUGUCUGGCUUUCAGGAGCAGUGUGAUGCUAUCUUGAAUGAUGUGAACAGUGCCCUUCAGCACCUGGAGUCCCUGCAAAAACAGUAUCUCUUUGUGUCUACGAAGACAGGAACGCUGCAUGAGGCCUGUGAACAACUUUUGAAAGAGCAGUCAGAACUUGUUGACCUGGCUGAAAACAUCCAGCAGAAACUUUCUUAUUUUAAUGAGCUGGAAAACAUCAAUACAAAAUUGAAUUCCCCUACACUGUCCGUGAACAGUGAAGGAUUCAUUCCCAUGCUGGCUAAGCUUGAUGAUUGUAUUGCAUAUAUUUCAUCGCAUCCAAAUUUUAAAGACUAUCCUGUAUAUUUGAUUAAGUUUAAACAAUGCCUUUCUAAAGCUAUGCACCUUAUCAAGACAUACGCUGUGAAUACACUACAGAACCUCACAAGCCAGUUAAUGAAAAGGGAUCCUUCAGCUGUGCCAAAUUCUGACAAUGCCUUCACACUGUUUUAUGUAAAAUUCAGAGCAGCUGCUCCCAAAGUCAGGACUCUUAUUGAACAAGUAGAGCAAAGAUCUGAAAAAAUGCCAGAGUAUCAACAAGUUCUGAAUGAAAUCCAUCAAUGUUACCUUGACCAGAGGGAGCUUUUGCUUGGUCCAAGUAUUGCUAGCACUGUUACAGAAUUAACCAGUCAGAACAACAGAGAUCAUUGUGCUCUGGUACGAAGUGGUUGUGCCUUUAUGGUCCAUGUAUGUCAGGAUGAGCACCAGCUUUACAAUGAGUUUUUCACAAAACCAACACCAAAACUGGAUGAACUCUUGGAGAAGUUGUGUCUUUCAUUGUAUGAUGUCCUGAGGCCAAUGAUCAUCCAUGUCAUUCACUUAGAGACACUUUCUGAACUCUGUGGGAUUCUUAAAAAUGAGAUGCUUGAAGAUCAUGUACAGAACAAUGCGGAACAACUGGGUGCUUUUGCAGCUGGUGUCAAGCAGAUGUUAGAAGAUGUACAAGAGCGUCUUGUUUAUAGGACACAUAUUUACAUUCAGACUGAUAUCACAGGCUACAAGCCUGCUCCAGGCGAUCUUGCGUAUCCUGACAAGUUAGAAAUGAUGGAGCAAAUUGCACAAAGUUUAAAAGAGGAACAGCAGAAGCUGCCAUCUGAAGCUUCAUUUUCUGAUGUCCGGCUAGAAGAUCCUGAGUCUUGCAGCUUAGUUAAAUCUGGUUCAUCAGAAUCCCUUCAUCCCAGACACCAGACCACGAUUUCACCAGCAGAUCUGCAUGGAAUGUGGUAUCCUACUGUCAGAAGGACUCUAGUGUGUCUCUCCAAACUGUACAGAUGUAUAGAUAGGGCAGUGUUCCAGGGGUUAUCGCAAGAGGCCUUAUCUGCCUGCAUCCACUCGCUGCUGGGAGCUGCUGAUUCUAUCAGCAAAACCAAGACCCAGGUUGAUGGACAGCUUUUCUUAAUAAAACACCUUUUGAUUCUUCGUGAACAAAUUGCUCCUUUCCACACUGAUUUCACCAUUAAGGAAAUUUCCCUGGACCUUAAGAAAACUAGAGAUGCAGCAUUUAAAAUCCUGAACCCUAAGACAGUUUCAAGAUUUUUUAGACUAAACAGCAACAACGCCUUGAUACAGUUCUUACUGGAGGGCACUCCAGAAAUCAGAGAACAUUAUAUCGACUCUAAGAAAGAUGUAGAUCGUCAUCUGAAAUCAGCUUGUGAGCAGUUUAUUCAGCAGCAAACCAAACAGUUUAUAGAACAGCUGGAGGAGUUCAUGACAAAGGUAGCUGCUUUAAAAACAAUGGCCACUCAAGGAGGUCCCAAGUACAGCCUUUCGCAGCAACCUUGGGCACAACCAGCAAAGAUCAACGAUCUGGUCUCUUCCACGUAUAAGACAAUAAAAACAAAGCUGCCAUCAACGUUACGAAGCAUGUCGUUAUACUUGUCCAAUAAAGAUACAGAAUUAAUUUUGUUUAAGCCAGUUAGGAAUAAUAUUCAACAAGUGUUCCAGAAACUCCAUGCUUUGUUAAAAGAAGAAUUUAGUAGUGAAGAUCUCCAGAUCAUAGCUUGUCCUUCAAUGGAACAGGUGAAUUUACUUUUAUCGAUGUCCAAGUAG